AGCAGGUGGCAAGUUGUUUAUCUGCUCAGCUGUUGUGCAUGGCCUGACAGAGACAGACAAAAGCAGCUGAGAGGAGGAAGGAAAUAAAAGGUCUCCCUCACACUCUACCUUAAAGGUGCAUCCCUCAAGUGAUGUCUCAAGUAGCUCAGAGAACUAAAUGGCCAGUGAUCAUCGUUUUCAGUUGGGUUUCUCUUUGUGUAUCUAUGCCAUUAUUGAAUGAGCGGGACUUACUAAUUGAAAAGGAGAAUGCCAGUCGUGUAGGUGGAAACCUUGUGCUAACAGAACUUGAAGAAGAUGCCAAUAAGAAGCUCAUGCAUCUCAAAGAGAAGGAAGUAGAUGAAGCUAUGAAAACAGGACUGUUUCCACCCAGCAUGCAUUUCUUCAAAGCCAAACACCUCAUUGAUCAAAGUAAUGUUUUCAGCAUCUUACAAAAGAUGCCCAAAGGUGGUGUUUUACACUUGCAUGACUAUGCUAUAUUGAGUGUUGACUGGCUAGUGUACAAUGCCAGCUACCUGCCAAACUGUUACAUCUGCUUCACCCCUUUAUGGGAUGUCCGCUUCAAGUUCUCCAGUCCUCUUCCUCCCAACGAUCUGCCUCCUAAUUGCUCUGAGUGGGUGCUGUUAGAAACCUACCGCAACAACCUGGAGGAUAUAACCGGAUUUGAUAAGAGUUUGUUGAGGAACCUCACUCUAGUAACAGAUAUUCCAGAGGUGACCUACCCUUCUCAGACUUUCAUCUGGAAGAGAUUUGAAAAUGCCUUCAUUGCUGCUUCUGGCCUUAUCAGCUAUGCACCUGUGUUCAAGGCCUAUUUCUACCAGGGGCUGUUGGAGCUCUAUGAAGAUAACAUACAAUAUGCUGAGAUAAGGGCAAUGCUGCCACCGGUAUAUGAGUUGGAUGGUACCAUGCAUGACAAAUCCUGGUCUAUGGCAGUUUAUCAAAGCACAACCCAACAGUUUGUAAAGGACCACCCAGACUUUGUUAGUGCAAAGAUUAUAUACACAGCACACAGAAAUGAGAAUGUGCCCCAGAUUGAAGAAGCUGUCCGUGCAGCUAUGGCACUCAGAGCAGAAUUCCCGAAAACUAUGGCAGGCUUUGAUUUGGUUGGCUGGGAAGAUGGAGGAAAAGCCCUCUGGGACCUAAAGGAUGCCUUGACCCUUCCGGAAACUCUGGGAGAUAAAUUGCCAUAUUUCUUUCAUGCCGGUGAGACAAACUGGGAAGGCACCUCUGUAGAUAGAAAUUUGUUGGAUGCUCUGCUGUUGAACACCAGCAGGAUUGGCCAUGGAUUUGCCAUCACCAAGCACCCAGAAGCUAAGAAUUUGGCUUUGAAGAUGGAUAUUCCUAUAGAAGUCUGCCCUAUUUCUAACCAGGUCCUGAUGUUAGUAUCAGAUCUCAGGAACCAUCCUGCUGCCGUCCUGAUGGCAGAGGGUCACCGCAUCGUGGUUGCCUCUGAUGAUCCAUCCAUCUUUGGAGCAAAGGGUCUGUCAUAUGACCUCUAUGAGAUGUUCAUGGGCAUUGGAGGGAUGAGUGCUGAUCUGAGGACUUUGAAACAACUAGCACUAAACUCUCUAAAAUACAGCAGUAUGCGACCUGGUCAAAAGAAAAAGGCCCUGAAGAUCUGGCGAAAAAAGUGGGACCAGUUCAUAGCUUCAGUCUCUGCAGCAAGCUAGACAUAGAGGCACAAAAGACUUCUUCACUUUAACCAUGAUACUCUGAUCAGAUGAUAGGCUAAUGUCAGUAUAAAAUUGUCUUGUCUCUUGUACAUUUCAGUACCUGAGCAAAGUGCCCUUUUAAUUAUGCUGCAAAUGCUCCAAAUCAAUGACUGAUCAAAAUGCACUCCUUAGAGGUGGAACUAGGUGUGCUUCAACUCCAUCAGCUAUUGCUGUCCUGAACCCUUCUUGUCAUCCCUAGAUAUUUAGCACAAAUUAGGCUUUUUAGCCCUAGCUAGCCACUGCCUCUGGUAAUAUUUCAUCAUAAAAUGUGCCUUAGGAGCUUGAAGAAGCCCCUUCCCCUCAAGCUAGAACGGUAGUAUUCUAGUUUUACCAUGCAACUACAGGAAAAGGUGUAACUGGGCUACUUCCUUGGAAAUUCUGAAAUUCUCAUGUUUUAUUUUAAAUGACAAGUUCCUAGCCCAUAUGAUAACUUCUGGCAGCCCAAACUUAUAUAAGAUUUAGCUACACAAACCCAUUGAAAUCAGUGGCCUUAAUAAGUAUACCAUAGGAUUGAGCUAUGGAAUGUCAAAUACCUUGGCAGAAGUUCCAGUACAGGAAUAAGGAAACUCUGGCAUUCCAGAUAUUGUUGGACUUUAACUGCCUCAGCCCAAGUCAAUGAUCAGGGGUGGUGGAAGUUGGAGGACCACAGAUUUGCUUUGGUACCAUGCUUCACUCUUUGCCCUUUUCCAUGACUAGUAGAAACGGAACCGAUUAUGCAAACUAUUCCUUUAAUAUGCAUUGUUUAUCAGUUGCAGAAUUCAACCCCCCCCCUUCUGCACAGGAUGCUAAUUUGAAACAAACAAAUAAACAUCCUUGAAAAUUGUAAGCUAUCCAAUUAAAAACGUCUUAAUCAGUUAAUCUAUGACUUGUAUUUAAUUAAUUGAUUUAAGUCUGCUUAUAUUUGCACAUGAAUAAAACACCCAUUCUGAAGAAAAAUAACUUUGUUUUAUGCAGUGUUUUCACAUAUUGAUGUAGGUAACUGACUUAGAAGAGACAUUAUUUCCUGUUUGUCAAAAAACAAAGAAUAUCUCUUCUAAGAUGACCCUGUCAUCUCGGAAUUAGUCACAUUGUUAACAUUUAUUAAAGAUUGGAAACCUCUCAUAGACUUUGCAUGAAAAAGAAAAAGAAA